AUGGAGGGUGGCCGGCCGGGAGUCCAUCUCGUCCAGCUGUUUGUGUAUGGUAUGGAGUUGCCGCCAACACAACGAGGCCCUCCACCCUCACGGUCCACUUCACCCCUCACGGCCCACUCCACAUCUCACGGCCCGCUCCACCCUCACGACCCACUCCACAUUCACGGCCCACCCACUUCGCGGCCCACUCCACCCUCAAGGCCAACCCCUCCCUCCAGGCGCUUUCCACCCUACGGCCCUCCACCCCUCCACGACCCACUCCAUUCACGGCCCACUCCACUUCGCGGCCCGCUCCACCCUCAAGGCCAACUCCUCCCUCAAGCGCGCUCUCCACCCCACGGCCCCCUCCAGCCUCACGGUCCACUCCACCCUCACGGCCCACUCCACCCCUCACGACCCACCCAUAUUCCACGGCCCACUCCACUUCGCUGCCCGCCCACCCUCAAGGCCAACUCCUCCCUCAAGCCUCCACCCCUACGGCCCUCCAGCCCACGGCCCACUCCACAUUCACGGCACGCUCCACCCUCACGACCCACUCCAUAUUCACGGCCCACUCCACCCUCCACGGCCCGCAACACCCUCCCGACCCGCUCCACAUUCACGGCCCGCUCCACCCUCAGGGCCAACUCUUCCCUCACGACCUACUCCACAUUCAAGGCCCACUCCACGCUCACGGCGCUCUCCACCCUUACGGCCCCCUCCACCCUCACAGUCCACUCCACCCCUCAGGGCCCACUCCAGCCUCACGACCUACUCCACAUUCACGGCCACUCCACCGUCAAGGCCAACUCUUCCCUCAAGGCCAACCUUCCCUCACGGCGCUCUCCACCCUACGGCCCCUCCACCCUCACGGUCCACUCCACCCUCACGGCCCACUCCACAUUCACGGCCCGCCCAACCCUCAGGGCCCAUCCCAGCCUCACGACCUACUCCACAUUCAGGCCCACCCACGCCCACGGCGCUCUCCACCCUUACGGCCCCUCCACCCUCACAGUCCACUCCACCCUCAGGGCCCCUCCAGCCUCACGACCUACUCCACAUUCACGGCCCACUCCACC